ACGAGAGAGAUAGAUCAGAGCAGGAGAGAGAGAGAGAGAUCAGAACGAGAGAGAUAGAUCAGAGCAGGAGAGAGAGAGAGAGAGCUGUCUCUGAGGACAGACAGAGCCGGACCACCAGACAGUCAGUCUGAAUGCUUAGUAGCUGAGAGCUGUGCUGAGAGCUGCGGCUGUUGGCAGCAUUGAUUUCUGGGAGCUGUAAGCUGCUGGUACACAUGGCGUGGUGCUGUUGCACUCCUCUCCGGGCCUCCUCGUCCUCCUGCUGCUCUCCGCUUCUCAAACGCUGCCCUCUCUUCCCAGACAUCUCCCCUGCUGAGCUGGAUGCACUAUGGAGGGAACCACUGUACACGCUAGCGGGAACCAAUGGGCACUUCACAGGAAAUGAUGUUAGGAAUCGAGGGGAGGAGGAGGGUCUGGGGGUGGAGUCUGGGGAAGGGGAGGCGGAGCUGGACAGUUACUGGACGAGGAAGGAGGCGUUCACCAGAGGAAGCACCGUGUCACUGGCUGUGGGAGAGAGGUUCUCCUCAGACGUGGUUCUAGUGUUCAGCGGUCGGCGGUGCUCAGGUGUAAUACCUGACUCUGAACUACAGGAGGCGCUCCGUACAAGACUCAGGGUCGUCGAGAGCAACAGUCAGGACGUCAUUCAGCUCUUCAAGGACCUGUCUGCCCGUCUGCUGUCUGUCCACGCUGAGAAGGACAGCUUUGUCAUCACCUUCAAGACUGUAGAGGAGAUCUGGAAGUUCUCUACCUACCUGGCUCUGGGCUAUGUGGCGCGGUGCCUGGAGAAUUUCCUGUGUGACCAGUCGUUCUGGCUGGACACUGAGCUGCUGAGGGACUUGGAGAUCACUGUGACUGUAGACGAGGAACACCUGGCAACACUCUACCUGGGACUGCUGCUGCAGGAGGGUUCGUUCUUCGCCAAGGCGAUGGUGAGCAGUGGCGAGCAUAGUGAUGAGGAAGAGGAGUUGUGUUUCAGACGUAACGAUUUGCUGAUGGUUAGAGACACGGGGCAGGACAGUCACUGGGAGGGCACCCUUCUCUCCACUGGACAACACGGACUAGUGCCUGUCAACACCAUGCAGCCUCUGCCAUAUCCCUUCUACCAGUGGUUUCUGAGGAAGUACUCUGACUGUGCCGGAUGCUCCCCUUCAGAGAGAGGACAAUUUGACCACCCUAUAGUAACCGGAUCCUGUGAGGCUGUAGUGGACCACAACCCAGUAGGUUCUGAUGAGCUCCAGCUGAGUCAAGGUGACCUGAUUGAGAUACAGGGGAUGCUACUUCGAGGUCUGGACCUGUUCAUAGGAACACACUGCUCUACAGGAAACACCGGCUUCGUACACAAGGCUCACGUCAAGCCACUCAACGCCAAACCCCCAGACAGACAACUGGUGUUUCUGAGUGAGGAGGAACGUGCGUCAAUGGCCCAGAUUAACCCCUGCAGUAGUGAACCCAGAGACAGCGGCCUCCUAGAGAGACUCUUCUCCUCUGACAUCAGUACUGUCUACAGACUAGAUAGACUGGAUCAGUCUGACUUUACCUACAUCAGAAACCAACCAAAACAAGAGCAUAAGCCCCCCGCCAGCGCCCGGCAGUCCAUCAUCUCAGAGAAGAGUGACGCUACACCCCCCUACCACUCCUCCCCCCGCCCCUCUCUCUCUCACUCCUCGCCCCGCGCCUCCUUCUACGCCUCCCAGAAUGCUUUGGGGCGUGGCGGUGACGGGGAGUUGCUGUCCUUCAGUCUGGACGACACCUUCAGAGAGAUGAAUGAGUUCCAGGAAGACCCACCCCUUUUCCUGGAGGAGGGGAGCUGGGAGGGGGUGGAGUCAGAGGUCUGUGACCCAACCCUGACACUGCUCAACAUGCAUCACUUCCAGGAGGACUUCCUGCCCCUCUAUGACCUAAACCACUCCUUCCUGUGGCUGACGUUCUCAGGACAGAGUGAGGAUGAGUUACUGGGCCAUCUGGAGAUUGUCAGGGAGGGGGCUAAGAGAACGGGCAUGGCCUGGGCACACCGACGGGCAUGCUUCCUACUGGGGAGGCUCUGCGCCAAGAAGCUCAAGUACUCCCAGGCCCGUGUGUAUUACGAGGAAGCCCUUGGCGUCUCUGUUGACGGUUUCUGUGACCUCCCUCUCCUCAUCGCCCUCUACACCAACCUCACAGCCAUCUACCUCAAACAGAAGAUGGCCGACAAGCUGCCCCCGACCCUGGAGAAGGCCAGUGCUCUGCUCCUCUGUCUCCCCAGCCACACCUUCACUUCCCUGGAUGAGUUUGAGCUGCUGAUGCUGGUGCUGCGGAGGUCUGUGGUGGAAGGGGACAAACACCUGGAGGCACGGGCCUGCUAUCUCACCGCCAGCCUCUUCCUGCUCCUUAGAAAGAUAGAUGACGCCCUGCCCUUCGUGGAGCGCCUCCAGUUCCUCACCGUUACCCUGUCUGCUGAGGAGGGGCGCCCCAUCGCCCCCCUGGACCUCAACUGGCUCCUGUCCCGGCUCUACCACCGUAAAUACAUGCCCUACCUGGCCCUGGCAUCACUCAGCCUUGACUCUGGACAGGAUCACUCACUACAGGACGCCUUCCACAGGAUAGAACUGUUCAGCAGGAACUCGGUGCGUCUGAAUCCGCGAUGGAAAGAGGGGACGUCUCUUCUCCCUGCCCAGAUCGUGGUGUAUCUUCAGCAGGCUCUGGCCAUUGCGGAGCGGGGUGAGGACCUUAAGACCCAGAGGGACCUGUGUCUGGGCUUGGCCUGUGUGUACCAGAAACACGGUGCCCUGGUGAAGGCCCUGCCCUGUGCCCAGCAGGCUGUACAGACCGGGGGAGGUAUCAAUGAGGAGGAGGGGUUCGAGGCUUCAGUACUGCUGGGAUGGUUGUUAGUCCUGACGGGAGAGCCUGAGAGGGCACAGCACACCCUGCAGCCACUACUGCAGUCUCUACAGGGAACCGACAGCCCGACCCAGAGGGGAGUGGUCCACAACCUGCUGGCUCUGUGUCUGCGGCGACAGGGUCGUAUCGCAGAGGCCGGAAGCCACCUCCACCACGCCCUCACCAUCUCCAGGGAGAGUGGCAACCAGAGGAACCAGGCCCUGGCCCUCGCCAACCUGGGCUGCCUGGCACUGGGCGUGGGGGCACCCACACUGGCAGAACGAUUCCUAUUCAGGUCUCUGUGGUUGUUCCUGGAGAUCUGGGAGAGUCCCGUUGACGAGGAGCACGUCCAGACCUACCUAUGGCUGGGGCGGAGCUACAAGGACAGGGGGAGGAGCCAGGACGUCAGGCUGUGUUUUGAGAUGGGCCUCCUCAUAUCCCUCCAGGCCAGGAACCUCCAUAGUCAGAUGGUGGUGGCUAAAGUCCUGAGUCGUCACUACGCCGACGUACUGCUGUAUGGACAGAGUAUCCUCUACUAUGAGCACUGUGUGUCUGUGUCCAGGGACCUGAAGGACAAGAGACUAGAGGGAGAAUAUCUAGAGAUCCUCAGUAGCCUCUACCUGUCCCUCAAUACUGAGAAAUCAUCAAGGAAGUCUCUGGACUACAGUAAGCAGAGUCUGCGUAUCUCCAUUGACUUGGGGAAGAGAGAGGAAGAGUCAGAGACGUGGCUUCAGGUGGGACGCAUCUACUACCUCAUCCAUGAAGACGAACUGGCGGACAUGUACCUACAGGCAGCGGUGAAGACAGCCCUGAGGAUGAAUGACCCUCGUUUCGCCAUGAGUAUCUACGAGGAGGCAGGAGAUAUCUUCUUCAAAGGCCACAGGAACAGACUGGCGUCACUGCCCUUCUACAGGGACGGCAGUCUCCCGUUUGCUCGGAGCAUCCAUGACGUCCACUCAGAGUUCAGACUGCUGAGUAAACUGACUGAACUACUGAUGACCCAGGAAGAGUAUGAAGAGGCUCUACAGUACGCCAUUCUGGCUGUACAGAUCAGCACCAAAACAGGUGUGUGUGUGAACGAGCGCGCAGCGUACCACCGUCUGGCUACAGUGUACUACAGUCUGGAGCAGUAUGAGAUGACAGAGAACUACUACCUCAAGUCUCUGUCUCUCAGCCCUGCUGUACUGCAGCACCCCCUGGAGGCUAGAUACUACACCAAGCUCUACUGCAGGCUGGGGGACCUGACCCUGCACAAACUAAAGGAUGCCUAUGACUCGGUGGGCUACUUCCAGCUGGCUCUAGCUGCUGCACUGGAGGACCGUGCCAACCCGCAGGCGCUGUAUGUGGUCUACAUGAAGCUGGCAGAGAUCCAUGCCAACCAUAUGCCAGACCCACUCCUCUGCCAGGCUUACAGGGAAAGAGCACAGAGCCUGAGGAGGGAACUCUCUGGGCUGGAAGAGAUAGAUGGGAGGGAAGGAGAGACAGAGGAGUGGAGAGGAGAGAUGGAGGGCAAAGGAGAGACAGAGACAGAGGGAAGAGAAGAGACAGAGGGAAGAGAAGAGACGGAGGGCAGAGGAGAGAUGGAGGGGAGAGGAGAGACAGAGACAGAGGGAAGAGAAGAGACAGAGGGGAGAGGAGAGAUGGAGGGGAGAGGAGAGACAGAGACAGAGGGAAGAGAAGAGACAGAGGGGAGAGGAGUAGUAACAUGUGAUACAGACCUGAAGACGAGAAAAACAGUUAUGGAGGAGACCGAGUCAGAGACUGGAUGCAGUGAGCAUACAGAUACUAUCCCCAAAGAGGCUAUUGACAUGGACAGUGCACAGAGCCUGAGUUUGGAGCCUGCUGGACUACAGGACAUGGAGGGGAGAGACACAGAGGGACAACACACAGGACUUGGAGACAUGGAGAGGGGAGACACAGAGGGACAACACACAGGACUUGGAGACACGGAGAGGGGAGACACAGAGGGACAACACACAGGACUUGGAGACACGGAGAGGGGAGACACAGAGGGACAACACACAGGACUUGGAGACAUGGAGAGGGGAGACACAGAGGGACAACACACAGGACUUGGAGACAUGGAGAGGGGAGACACAGAGGACAACACACAGGACUUGGAGACAUGGAGAGGGGAGACACAGAGGGACAACACACAGGACUUGGAGACACGGAGAGGGGAGACACAGAGGGACAACACACAGGACUUGGAGACACGGAGAGGGGAGACACAGAGGGACAACACACAGGACUUGGAGACAUGGAGAGGGGAGACACAGAGGGACAACACUGUAUAUCACAGCCUCCUGGUUUCCACCAAUCAGAAGGCCCGAAUGCACAUUUGGACUCUGACCCCUCGACUCCAGCCAGGCCCGGUGGACCCAACUGGUCCCCCGAGCCCAGAUGACCUACUGCACAUCAUCAGGGUAUGGCUCCUAACCGACGGAUAUACCCUCUCCAUCGUAGACAAAGUGGUCAUGGAUCGCUUCUUAAGUGCGCUACCCCACAACAUGAAGAAGGCUGUGAGUCUUUGCAAGCCCCAGACCUUGGAGGACCCCCUGGAAGCAAUGGAGGCUCAUCAGAAUACUGAGGCCCUGCUGAAGGGUAGCCGGGUUGAGUCGGGGAACCAUCUAAGGGGACGGCCCACAGCUGAUGACCGCAGGGGGAUAGAGACUAAAGGAGGUGUGUAA